CCCGCGGCAGUGCCUCCGCUCACCGCCCAGCGAUGGGACGUUCGCCCUCCACCUUCGCGACGACACGCGGAAAACCUCGACACCACAGGUGAACAAAACAUCGAAUGUGACCUGGACAAAAUGACUCUUUUUAUAUAUUUAUACAGUGUGAUAUCUGUGCUACUGACCCGAUGCAGCACCACAGGUCGGGAGUUGCCGAGCGGACAGAAUGUAGUUUCAGUGGCGCCUAUUGAAGUUCCUGACGAAUCGAUGUACCCUCGGUUUGCGGAGCCGAUACCCAACGCCACAGUCACAAUCGGCAGGGACGCGUUGUUAGCCUGCGUGGUGGACAAUUUGAGAGGGUUCAAGGUAGCAUGGGUCCGGAUGGACACGCAGACGAUCCUGAGCAUCCACCACAAUAUAAUCACGCAGAACCCUCGCAUCAGCCUGUCGUUCAACGACCACCGCUCCUGGUACCUGCACAUCAAGAACGUGCAGGAGGUGGAUCGCGGCUGGUACAUGUGCCAGGUCAACACUGAUCCUAUGAGGUCUAGGAAAGGAUAUCUACAAGUUAUAGUGCCACCAUCAAUCAUCGACAACAUGACGUCUACGGAUAUGGUGGUGCGUGAAGGCUCCGACGUGACCUUGCAGUGUCGGGCUACGGGUUACCCCGAGCCCUACGUCAUAUGGCGAAGGGAGGACGGACAGGAUUUUAAUUACAAUGGAUUAUCAGUGAGCGUGGUAGACGGGGAAGUACUCACAAUAACGAAGGUGUCCCGACUACACAUGGGAGCGUACCUAUGUAUCGCGUCGAAUGGCGUCCCGCCGUCAAUUAGUAAGCGGAUCAUGCUUAUGGUGCAAUUUCCACCAAUGCUGUCAAUACCAAACCAGCUGGAGGGCGCUUACAUAGGCCAGGACGUGACGCUGGAAUGUCACACGGAGGCGUUCCCUUCUUCCAUCAACUACUGGACCACCGACCGAGGGGACAUGAUUAUCUCCGGUGGCAAGUACGAAGCGUUCCCAAUGGACAGCGGGUACAACAAGUUUAUGAUGCUCAAGAUAAGGAACAUAACGAAGGAGGACUUCGGCUUUUACAAGUGCAUCGCGAAGAAUUCCCUCGGAGAGACGGACGGGAUCAUCAAGUUGGAUGAAAUCCCCGCGCCUCCUUCGGCUUUUACGACUUCACCGAAACCUUUGGACAAUGAAACCAUUAAGAAAAAAGAUACUAACCGAGAUCAGAGGAACGACGCAAUCAGCUCGAACUUCCACGGAGGAUUCGUGCAUAGUUUGGGAUUUGAUUUCGGCGAAAGUGAUUCGGCAUAUCGAAGCAAGGAAUCUGUUCUACCUUGCGUUUUAAUUUUACAUUUAGUUAUAUUAUUAAAACACAUUUUCUAUUCCUGAUAAACACAAUUAAUUCGUCUAAAGUACAUAAUGAUUUAAUUUUACUGAAUCUUUUUAUAUUACAUGGACUGGACAAUAACAUUUCUUUUUAUGAAUUUGUGACAGCAACCUACAAUAGUAUCUUUUAGCUUUGAGUACUAAAUCAAAUUAUUUGUUUAAGACUUCAGAAGUAAACAUUUUAAUGUCAGUAAAAUAAAUUCAAACAAAUUUGAUUUUAUUUCCUUUCAUCUUUAUACGAGUCAAGAUAUUUACUUUUAUGUUUUAGGAAUGCCUAAUGAUUUGUUUGUUAAGUAGGUAUAUGUUUAGUUUAGUGAUAUGACAUGAACAUCAUUUCGGUAGGUACAUUACCUACACAACUUUUCUACUACAUCGAUUUUGUAUAAAGACGCCUAAUUAGAUAUUAAUAUAUGGUGACUUGUCCACUUUGAAACUUGGUAGAAACUUUCCAAUCAAAUGAUUUAGAUUUGAUGUAUACGGUAAUGAAGUGUAAUUAUACGUAAUCUACUCUGCUUUAGUAGAUAAUGUGAAUAUUAUGUUCGACAAAAGCAAAAGGCAAUUAUGUACAUUUUUUAUUGAUAUUUAAUAUUAGCCAACAUUGAAAUUUCAACUAAUAGGUAUAAUAUGACAUUUCAUAAUUUACUCAACUCAACUGCUACAAAUGGGACUGCCAAAUAAAUGUGUAAAUUAAAAAUAAAAUUAAUGCUUAAAAAAAAA